AUGUUGAACGAACUCGUACCUCAGGUCACGGCGUCUCAGGCCAUUACUAGCUGGUCCAAUGCCUUUGACAUCAUUUGUAGGGUGGCGGAGAAGGUCGACUGGAUAGAUGUGGCCCUUUUUGCCAGCGUGUGCCGAACGUGGCGCCAUGCAGUGCAAAAGGAGGUGGAGAACAGGAUUCGAGAGGCGCUGGAACCCAACCUCACGGCACUUGGUUUGUCUUUCCAGGAUUUUGUUGCGGCCUUAGAUGAGGCGGACGGAGCUUUGAUUGGGAACUGCGUUUUGUCCAUCACGUACCGCAGGACCAAAUGGGCGAAAGCGUACGACAGGAUCCCCCGACUAACCGUGGUGGUCCCUUCUGGGAGGAGAGAGACAUUCAUAGGGUUAUUGGGGAAAUCGGAAUGGCGUUGGAUUCCCCAGCCCGUCGGCAUGGGUGCACGUCACGUCGUACGGGGAAUUUGGGAAGUGACACUUCAACGGAGGCCUGGCGAAACACAGGGCACCUUUCCGACGUUACAGAACAUGAAUGACGCGCCUGAUGACCCAAUUGACCAUUUAUUUGAGAACUGGGAGGGGUGGAAUGACGAAGACACACUGUUGAGUAGGAGGAGGAGAGAGUGGAGGAGGAUAUCGAAGGUAUAUCUACGGGUCAUCGAGAGCAAGUCUCAGGUGCUCCAAGUGGCCUUCACGGCAGACACGACGAGGGAUAUGGUCCUGCUCACAAGCAGACGAUUCUACCACUUGUUCCCCAAGGUUCAGCACGCUCACCUUGGCUUAAUCGGCAGAUCGGGCAUUUCCCGCGGGGACAACAAUGUCAUCGUACCGCAGAUGUGUCGGGAUAACUCCGAAUGGCCAUGGCGGUGUGGUAAACUGUGCCCCAUCUUUCCGCGAAAAGGUCGAGAAGGCGACGGCACGGGGGUCUUUUUCUGGAACCAGAACAUCGAAAGGGAAGCUUUGGCGGAGGGGGCAAUGGAGAUAGAUGUCGGCUGGGGGAACGCAUAUGACGGUUGGAACACGGACUUGGAAUGGGCUUCGAAGACAUGGGCUGAGAGAAAACGCGAGUGGCCCAAAGCGCACACCAUGGCCCUGUUGAACGUAGGUUCAUUGCUGGACCGUUCUCAGUUCAAAGCCACGUUGGCCAAGACUUGCGUCAAUCCACACUGCGAAAACCACGGCAAGCGAGCUGUUUGCUUCGUGGAAGUGGACAUGUGGUUCGAGUCAGCACCAAGUACCGAUGUCGAAUAG